AUGCAACGUAUAUUAUAAUGAAAUCAUAACGACACUUAUUCAUUUGUUAUUAAACCGUUAAAUUUUACACCUACGUCUUAAGUUAAUUUUAUUUAGAUUACAUAAUAUAUUGUGUCAGUAAUGUUGCGAAAGAGUUCUUUAAAAGUUAUAGUUUUACUAUCUUAUGCAACCGUCAUAAUCGCACAGUCCGAAGUAUCAAGAUGCUUCCACUACACAUGGCUGGGGCCUAAGUGGAACAAUGAGAGUACAUUCCACGAUGCAACGUGUCUGGAUGCCACUGGAGUCAUCCACGGCGUGCCUUGUGUGCUUCCACUGGUUGUGUCGGACGACGGAACGUGGCCUAACGUGGAUUAUAUUUGGAAGUAUUAUGCACUUAAUGCAUCCUGUAUUCUGGCUGACAACGAAGUUUGUGCCACAUAUACUCAUUACUUUAACGGACGUGUCGAGCAUUCAACAUCUUUUUGCACAAAAGCAGUAGACGAAAAUGGAACCGCUAUCACCAGAGGUUGCUACAGCCAGACCAACGGCAGUUUUGCGACAACAGUCUGCUUCUGUCGCUCCGUGCCUGGUGGAGUGCCCUGCAAUAAUGCCUACACAUAUUUACUAUCUGCCAGUAUUUUUAUAUUUACCAUAGGUUUAAUAAUUAAUAGUUUAAAUAUUAAUUGUGAAUUUUUGAAUUGACUAUAGUAACCUCAUUAUAUUUGUAAUAUAAUAUAAUUACUGUCUAUGUACUACUACAACAAAUAAAAAAAUGAAAUCAUAUAACAAUAGCACCUAGUGUUACUGAGAUGUUAAUAUAGUUGAAUACAUUCCUUUUGUAUAUUUUGCAUGCA